AGGAAUAUACUCAAAAAACUGUCUUGAUUCACGCUAUCCAUCGGUUUUAAAAAUUCUAUUCCCUAAAGUAAAAUUUGCAAUAAAUUCCAAUAUGCGAAUCUUUUUCUUUCAAUUAGAAAUUUAUGUAAACUCCAGUCAGAUAAAUCAGCGUACUUUCUUCAAGCGGUGGGAGACAAAAUUGGAAAAGAAGGGGGAGCUCCCAUGUAAAUUUAAAAUAAAGAGCUUUUCAAAGAAAGAAGCAUAUUUAAAAACUUUUUUUGGGUACAGAGUACAAAUUUUAGAUCUUGAAAAACGAGUUUAUAGAUCAAGUUUCAGUAAAUAAUAUAUACCAUAUUUGAAUUGCAAUUCAGAACUGCAGCUGCAGCUCUCAUUUCAAAGUUGUUGGUUCUGAAGUAUGAACCAAAUGCUCUCUAAAAUCUAAACUUGAAUAUUUUUUUACAAAUUACAUUUAUUUUCGGAAGGUGUAGCAAAGCACAAUGGGUCAGCUAGUGUCAUAUAAAUUUCUUGAAAGAAAUAAGCAAAAAGAUUGCAAAUUUGCUCCGAGAUAUCACCGACAUGUUCGUCAAGAUGCAUUUUUGACGGAAAAUUCCCAGUUUUCAAUUUUGUUUUCACGUAGUUAAAAAAUUCUUAUUUCAAGUUUAGUUUUAGCACUGUAUUCUUCAAGUGCAUUGCUAAUGGCCAAUUUCAGUUGAUCGCAUAAGUUCAAAUACGAUGCUAAAAUUUCAUUAGUAUUGUACUUUUUGUAAAAUUUUUGUGCUUUUUGUUUCCGAUUCUUUAAGUUCAUGAUUUGUCUGUUGAGCCAGACCGGGUGUCGUCUUCUUUUCUUCAAUGGUGUUUCUUGUGAAAUAAUUCCAAAACAAAUUUUGUAAACGACGUUAGCAGCAGUAUCGACAUUUCCUUCAUUCCUAUAAAUUUCUUGCCAAUUGACACUGUUUAAUCUAUUCUUAAUGUUUUCAUAAUUUGCAUAUUGGUAUUCAAAGACUUCUUCAUAUACGCAGUCGUUGGGUCUUUGAUGUUCAUGUAUAAAUAUGGAAUAUUCAAUCACCGUAUGAAAAGAUUCUUCCCUACUGGUGCUGGUUUUUUAUGUGAUUAAUUUGAUUCAAUCCCAAAUUAGCAAUUUUGUCAAAAAUGAACUGCAUAAUGUUUCAUUAUCCCCAACGACUUGGAGUAAUAUGCUUUCAUUUUCAGAGUCCUCGAUGAAGUCAGCGUGGCGUUGAUUGAAAUCUCCAUAGAUAUAAUUUUGACCUCAGCAGAUAGAUGGGAUAUGACCUCUUCUGCAGUGAUGAGGAAUUUUUCAUAAGUGUUUUUAUGAGCAUAGUCUGGUGGAAAAUACACUGAGGCUAGCACGUGUGUUUCACCUGCUAUGUGCGCCUUCACCCAAACCUGUCAAACUCAUUGAAUUUUUAGGUUGGAAUUAUUUGAGAAUUAAAGUUAUUAGAAAUGGCUAUAAGAACUCCGCCACCUGACUUCUUCUGAGACAUUUGAAAAUUUCUGUCUUCUCUGAAAACGUUAUAUGCACUUCCAAAAAUUUCUUCACUGCGAUCGUUUUCAUCCCAGCUAGUCUCAAUUGCUAGAAUGACUGAGAAGGAUGAGCUCAGCAAUUUUUUUUAAAUAUCCUUCAUUUUGGUUGGGAUUUUCAUGCGAUUGAAAUUUUGACAAUAAAUCAAAAUUUCAGUCACACUCUGUCUUUUGGAAGAAGUUUUUGAAUGUGCAUCUGCUUCAAAAGUGUUCGUAUCUAAUUCUACUUCCGUGGAAGGCGUCCUUUCUAGCGAAAAUUUGAAGGGAGAGUGUGGAACUAAUAAUUGAUUUUUUACCUCUUUCUUCCGAAAACUCGGAUUGUUAAAUUUUUCGCUGCUCUCUCUGGUGAGGUGCAUUGGAUCCGGUGAGUAUGGAAAUGCCUUCGAUACGACUCCAAACCAUCCGAAGCCGCCUUUUCUGUUAUUCCGUACUCGUGGUGAACCUCGAAAAAAAAUAUGUCCCUUUUGUGUCCCGCUAAAAUCAGGGAUGAAUGACUUGAAGAAGUUUGAAUCCAACCAAAAAAUAAAUAAAUGAAUAAAUACAUAAUUAAAUACAUAAAAAUGACCACAUGUCUCGAAAUAUUUGUAAAAGUUCGUGAUUUAUCCUUUCGGCAGAAAGGAAAAUAUCAAAAAUUUUAAUAACUAGACUUUUGAGGGAUGAUAUACCAAAAAAAUAUUUUACAAAAUAGGAUCGUUUUAGUUUGUGAUCAAUGAGGUGAUGAAAUUCCAUGUAUUUGGCAACUAUUUCUUGUUUUUCAUUUGCACGCUUUGUGUUGUUAUCUUCCCAAUAGAAAAUUCAAAUGGAUCAUUAAAGUAGCCUAAAAUUAUACAUCUUUUGUUCUGGAAAUUCAGUUGUAAAUCCAUAUUUUUAUUUUAAAACGUGAAAAACGUCGUGGGACAGGAAAGGGUUAAAACUUUUGAUGUACAAGCGGUAUGAUUAUCUGUGGAUAGGAGUUUUAAGAAACCAUUGAAAUUGAAAAGUGAUCGAAAAAGAAUUGAACGUUAAGUUACAUAGCCCCUGUGUUUAUGCAAUAUGUUUGAAAACAACACUAACUUAGAGCAAAUCAUCUCAGUAACACGAGGAACUAUUAAUUGAAAAUACUUUAAGCUACAGCAUAUUUGAUUUUGUUGGAGGUCCUGACACAGUACGCAUCUAUGAAUAUUUUAUGUUACUUAUUGUGCAUCCGCAGCCGAUAGGAGCUGAUCUUUAUUUAUUGAGCUGUGGUUUGUAAAUGGUAUCAAUUUGACAUUUUGAGUAAAUGUAUAUGUUCGAGACAUUUCCCGGAAAUAUUCAUAAAUUACAAAUUAAUUGGAGAGUAGGAAAGUUCCCAGAUAUUUGGGUGCGAUCGCAUAUUUGCAAAAUUAACACUCGUUAACCACAAAUUGGUGUAGCCUUGAUGGGAAUAAUUGAAUCGCGAACAUCGUGAGAUUGAAAUGAAUUUAAAGGCAAUGAUAUCCACCCACAGUUUUAGUGUUUCAAAGUCAAGUGAUCAGUGAUAAUGAAAUAUCAAAAUUCCAUCUGGAUAAGUCGGAUAUUUUUGGUGGUGACGUCGUUUUCUGUGACAAUAGUUAGUGGACAGGAAUACGAAUAUGAGUAUUACUAUGAAGAUGAAGUUUCUCCAAUCACGAGUACAGUAACAACGACAAGAACAACCACCAGAACUACGACGAAAGCAACUCCCACUACUCGCAUAGUGAGGCGAACGGCUGCUCCGGUCAGAAAUGGUCAACAAAUAAGGCAACAGCCCUGCACCGUCAGGUCAUGUUCCAAUCUUUGGGGUCAGCAAUCUGACGUGGUGGUCAACAUAAUUGCGGAUAUGUACGGCUAUAGUGACAUGCUAACUGGCAAAAGGAGGGUGGCUAGUGUUGUGAACAACAAUGCCUUCAGCUAUAAUGGAAUGAGAACCGUAGAACCGAUCAGAUAUUGGUACACUCAGCAACAGCAAAUUCCCAUUAUCGACUAUGGGGGAGUUCGGCGUCCGGGAAUGCGAGGCCAGGCUGGCGGUACCCUAAUGGGCGGAGGCAAUCGAAGGGUCGAAUAUGAAUAUGUGUAUUAUGAGGACGGCGAAACUGAUUAUGAUUAUUACAGCGAUUAUUUGACCCCAGGGAACGGCCAAAAUGGUCAACCUAACAUUUUUAACAUUUGGUUCCGAAAUCUUGUGAACGGGCGAAAAAGAAAAGUUUAAGUUCAGUUCGAAAACAAUAAAAAUAUGUAUUAAGUUCGUUUGUAUAUACACUGCCGGCCAAAAGUUUGGGAUCACCCACUAAAAAACAUGCAAAUUUUGAUCGUUCAUAUCUCAGCCGUCUUAGGACAUAUUGAAAAUCUUCUGAUCUCAUUUGAAAGAUAAUGAGCAAUAGCUAUC